GUGAUUGAAAUUUAAAAACAAGAAGCCAGAAGGUCAUAAUUCAAAAGCAUGUGUAAAAUAUGUCAAGUUACCCUUGCAUUUUAAUAUUUGUCUAUUGUAAAAAAUAACUAAAAAUGAGCUUAUCAAAAGGAAAUCUUCAAAGAAACAGACCUCAGAAACAUCAAAACCGGACAACUUUCAAAAAUGAUUUACAUGAUACUAGCAAAAAAACAAAAACCCUCAACGCUUUACAGAUUUCAGGAGUCUGCCCACGUUGCAAAGAAAUAAUUGAAUGGAAAAUAAAGUAUAAAAAAUAUAAACCACUUGCUACGCCGAGAAAAUGUGUUGGGUGUGAUCAAAAAAAUGUCAAACAAGCAUAUCAUAUAUUUUGUAAAAAAUGUGCUAGUGAAAAAAAUGUGUGCGCUAAAUGUUGUAAACCAAUAGAAAAUAUAGUAACAGAACAAAUAAGCAAUGAAAUGAGUGAAAACGAUAUACAAGCUAUGAUAAAAAAUCUUCCUGAAAGAAAGAAACGAACAUUGCUUCGACAUUUAAAAAAGCAAGAAGGCGGUCAGACACCGGAGCAAAUUGAAAAAUUAAUGUCUGAAAUGGCAAUAUUAGAUGAUGAAGAAGGCUCAUUUGAAGGUUUUACAAGUGAAGAGGAUCACUCUGGUUCUGAUAAUGAAGAUUAAAAAUAUUCCUAAAACUUAAUUUAGUACAAAUAAAUAUCUAAAAUAUU